AUGGGUACCGAGUCGGAAUAUACUAAUCAGCACCAAAGUAACAAAAUAUACAAAUGUCAUUGUUAUGACGUAGCUACCUUAGUGACAAGAAAGUUGGUUCCGGGGCUCGGAGAAACAGCGCCCAACUUCCCGACUCCGUGCUGCUGCAGCUGCAGCGUAGCUCUACCACGAAUUAUGGGUACCGAGUCGGAAUAUACUAAUCAGCACCAAAGUAACAAAAUAUACAAAUGUCAUUGUUAUGACGUAGCUACCUUAGUGACAAGAAAGUUGGUUCCGGGGCUCGGAGAAACAGCGCCCAACUUCCCGACUCCGUGCUGCUGCAGCUGCAGCGUAGCUCUAGCACGAAUUAUGGGUACCGAGUCGGAAUAUACUAAUCAGCACCAAAGUAACAAAAUAUACAAAUGUCAUUGUUAUGACGUAGCUACCUUAGUGACAAGAAAGUUGGUUCCGGGGCUCGGAGAAACAGCGCCCAACUUCCCGACUCCGUGCUGCUGCAGCUGCAGCGUAGCUCUACCACGAAUUAUGGGUACCGAGUCGGAAUAUACUAAUCAGCACCAAAGUAACAAAAUAUACAAAUGUCAUUGUUAUGACGUAGCUACCUUAGUGACAAGAAAGUUGGUUCCGGGGCUCGGAGAAACAGCGCCCAACUUCCCGACUCCGUGCUGCUGCAGCUGCAGCGUAGCUCUAGCACGAAUUAUGGGUACCGAGUCGGAAUAUACUAAUCAGCACCAAAGUAACAAAAUAUACAAAUGUCAUUGUUAUGACGUAGCUACCUUAGUGACAAGAAAGUUGGUUCCGGGGCUCGGAGAAACAGCGCCCAACUUCCCGACUCCGUGCUGCUGCAGCUGCAGCGUAGCUCUACCACGAAUUAUGGGUACCGAGUCGGAAUAUACUAAUCAGCACCAAAGUAACAAAAUAUACAAAUGUCAUUGUUAUGACGUAGCUACCUUAGUGACAAGAAAGUUGGUUCCGGGGCUCGGAGAAACAGCGCCCAACUUCCCGACUCCGUGCUGCUGCAGCUGCAGCGUAGCUCUACCACGAAUUAUGGGUACCGAGUCGGAAUAUACUAAUCAGCACCAAAGUAACAAAAUAUACAAAUGUCAUUGUUAUGACGUAGCUACCUUAGUGACAAGAAAGUUGGUUCCGGGGCUCGGAGAAACAGCGCCCAACUUCCCGACUCCGUGCUGCUGCAGCUGCAGCGUAGCUCUAGCACGAAUUAUGGGUACCGAGUCGGAAUAUACUAAUCAGCACCAAAGUAACAAAAUAUACAAAUGUCAUUGUUAUGACGUAGCUACCUUAGUGACAAGAAAGUUGGUUCCGGGGCUCGGAGAAACAGCGCCCAACUUCCCGACUCCGUGCUGCUGCAGCUGCAGCGUAGCUCUACCACGAAUUAUGGGUACCGAGUCGGAAUAUACUAAUCAGCACCAAAGUAACAAAAUAUACAAAUGUCAUUGUUAUGACGUAGCUACCUUAGUGACAAGAAAGUUGGUUCCGGGGCUCGGAGAAACAGCGCCCAACUUCCCGACUCCGUGCUGCUGCAGCUGCAGCGUAGCUCUACCACGAAUUAUGGGUACCGAGUCGGAAUAUACUAAUCAGCACCAAAGUAACAAAAUAUACAAAUGUCAUUGUUAUGACGUAGCUACCUUAGUGACAAGAAAGUUGGUUCCGGGGCUCGGAGAAACAGCGCCCAACUUCCCGACUCCGUGCUGCUGCAGCUGCAGCGUAGCUCUACCACGAAUUAUGGGUACCGAGUCGGAAUAUACUAAUCAGCACCAAAGUAACAAAAUAUACAAAUGUCAUUGUUAUGACGUAGCUACCUUAGUGACAAGAAAGUUGGUUCCGGGGCUCGGAGAAACAGCGCCCAACUUCCCGACUCCGUGCUGCUGCAGCUGCAGCGUAGCUCUGACCACGAAGUCUGGGUACCGAGUCGGAAUAUACUAA